AUGGGCCAAGCCGCCUCCUACGCGGAGUCUUCUGUGCAGCGAGCCUUACUGCGCUUGAAGGAGGAGGAGCAGGCAGACGAGGACGAGCUGCUGUGCGCCUGCGGCUAUAGACGAGCGUCGCUGGCGUCCUGCACUGAGGAAUCGGUCUCAGUAGCCGCACGGUCAUCGCGGGAUGCAGAGCAGUCCAUGCCAUUGUCAUUGUCAGCAACUCGCUCAGCGGAUGUGCAGCUUCCGCCGCCGCCCGAGGCCCUCGGGCCGCUGGUCUCGCUGACACCUGAGUACUACACGCUUGACGAGCUGCGUCACGCGCUGCAAUACCUGCCAGAUCCGCUAUUGGUGAGCCUCUACCGCGUCUCGCUGCUGUACAUGCUGGACAACGACCGCGAUGGCCGCAUCAACUCUACCGACAUUAGCUUUUUCAUGGACUGGGGCAUCAAAACGGUGGGUCGCGAUGUCCUGCCGGACCAGCUCGCAGAGGUACUGCAAACAUAUGCGGCGCUGCAUUGCUGGCACUGCUGUCUUCACGUCGGCGAGCGCAUUGAGGCUGUAAAGGCCGCAUCCGCAGCGCAGCCACAGGCUGGCCAUGGCGGCAACACUAGCGCUGGCGGGGCGGGGCGCACACGUCGACAUCACAUUUCGUCGCCUAGCGUCGUCGGGACUUUUUCACUGCAUCAGCACCACGAGCAGCACCACAGCCAGAGUGUGACCUCCUUCAUGCUGCUGCACUUCCGCGAAGCCUUCCUGAACGCACUGGCUGAUGGGCCCGUGCCGCUUCCGGGCAAGAUGGACAUCAUGGCCACAAAGUCUAGUGUGCGCACUGUGUCACCGACGCAGAGCUCCCCGUCGCUUAGGUCGUCCCCGUCGGCGGUCAGUCAGCCUGUCACGGACAACGUUCGCCACGCCGCGGCGGCGCACUUUGCGGAGUGGAUGCUUCGGCUUGUGCAGCACCAGGAGCGGGACCGUCGGCACGAGCGGCAGCGCUUCGAGCGUCGCCUGCGCAGCAUGGCGACCGCUGGCGACGUGAGGCUCGGUUGCACCACUCGUCUGCGCCAUCCGUCGUACGUAGCUCAACAGUCGCUGCGGCUACGCUUGUCGGCUACGUUUCUCCCCACUGAGGCCGCUAGCGCAGACGCGUCGGCCGAUGGCGACGAUUUCGUCGUGCCCAUGACAUGGAAUAGCACACCAGGACAGCAUCGAUCGAUGCCGUGUACCACUCUGAGCGCAGAUGUCGGUGCGGUGGCAGCGUCGUGGGAUGCGGAGGACGGGGCUCCGGAGCUGGGGGUGGUGGAGGUCCUGGCGCCGCCAUCGCAGUUGGCCAAAUCGCUCCCCUUCAGCAAAAGUCCCCCGCUGACGUCGAAGUCAAACCCCCCCAUUUCCCACAGGACGGCCGCCACGUUGUCGACUUGUGUGAAUACGCCGCCACAGUCAUCGUCACCCUCAAGCAACGUGACGCCGCUUAACGCUCCGGUCGCGCCAGAUGGUGGUAACAGCCCCCCUAACGGCACCUCAUCGCCGCUACUGUCUAGCGCGAUGGGAACGCCCUUCACUCCAGCUGGUAGUUUUCCCGAUGACCGCAGGAGGACCGCCGCUGGUGGCGCGCUCAUCACAGAAACGUCAGCGGUGGCACCCACCACGCGAUCGAAGUCCUUCGGUGGGUCUCCGUGUGUUUCCUGCUUGAACACGGCCGUCUCGCCCGAAGACGUGACUGCUGGUGGGGGCCGAAGCGUGAACGGGGCCGGCGCCCCCGAAGGGGAUUUAAACGGUAGUGGCUUCAGUAACGUCAACGGAUGGGGCAGGUCCUCGUCAAUAGCCUCGGCAACUGGUGCCGGCGCUGCUGCUGCUGCGGCUACAGCGCUGAGUGGUGGCCCCGCGGCGUCUUUAUUAGCGCAUCAGGUGAGUGUGCUGCUGAUGGAUGCGGAGGUGUUCUACGCAGAGCUGGAGGCGAACGGGUGGUGCACAAUCGGAGCGGCGGAGGAGGUGUACCUGGACUUUGCCGUUGAGGAGUCCUACUGCUUGCCCUUCUGGUCCUUCUGCCGGUUGCUCAACAAGGCGUCCGCGGACGAGGUGCAGGCUGCGCUGGAGCUGCCGACGGACCAGGCAGUGGCGGUACUUACGAGCGCAGUUGCCGUGGAGGAGUACAGGCGGGCGGCAGCGGUUCGGCAACUGCAGCGGCACACCACGAUGCAGCGAGAUGGGGGGCACGGUAGCGGCAACCGCUGUUGCAGCAGUUCCCGUGGUGACGAUUGGGCGCGCAACCUUCAGGUGAUUCCCAUGUUUGUGGUGUCCGAGUACACGUUUGUGGCGUUCGUUGCAGCGUUCAUACACGCCUAUUGGGCGAUGCUGGAGAGCAUGAAUGUCGACCCCGUGAUGUAG